AUGACGCACUCCCCCCUCUCCCUGUGUUGCAGGUCCCUAGCCCUGGGGCAGCAGUACUCGUCUCUGGGUUCCCAACCCAUUCUGUGCGGCUCCAUCCCUGGCCUGGUGCCCAAGCAGCUGCGCUUCUGUCGCAACUACAUCGAGAUCAUGCCCAGCGUGGCUGAGGGCGUGAAGCUGGGCAUCCAGGAGUGCCAGCACCAGUUCAGGGGCCGGCGUUGGAACUGUACGACCAUCAAGGACAACCUGGCCAUCUUCGGCCCUGUGCUGGACAAAGGUAGGCUUCUUACUGUUACAGGACUGUUUGACUAAAGAAUACAAAUAUACUCCUCUCCCCAAUGCCUGUAUACUGCUAAUGAGGUAUUUAUAUAAUUGAUAUAUCUUUGGGAUAUAUUAAUGACAGCCAAGUUUCAUAUAAAACAUACAAAAAAUGAAUUGAUGUACAGCAACAAUGAAAUUGGACUCCUCGUUAAAAGAUGAGAUAAUCUGACUUCAGCAGGGGUUUGCAGGUUCUACUUGUUCUCAUAGUGGUGAUAAAAACAUUAAAGGACAUAGCAGUGAGAAAAUGGGAAACAAAAGGAUGUAAACAAAUGUGAGGAAAGUACAGUAAGCUGACGUAGGAAUAGACUAACCAGUUACUCUGCAGCUGAGCACUGCCUGUUCCCUGUGCUCCUGUUGACAAAUGACUCGCAGGGUAAUUAUAAUAAUAUACACCUUUCCUUAAAAUCAAAUCAAAUCAAAUUGUAUUUGCCACAUGCGCCGAAUACAACAGGUGUAGACAUUACAGUGAAAUGCUUACUUACAAGCCCUUAACCAACAAUGCAUUUAAAAAAAAAAGGUUAAGUAAAAAAAAUAAAAGCAAAUAACUAAAGAACAGCAGUAAAAUAAAAUAACAGUAGGGAGGCUAUAUACAGGGUGGUACCGGUGCAGAGUCAAUUGAGGUAAUAUGUACAUGUGGGUAGAGUUAAAGUGACAAUGCAUAAAUAAUAGACACAAUGAUUAGCUGUUCAGGAGUCUUAUGGCUUGGGGGUAGAAGCUGUUGAGAAGCCUUUUGGACCUAGACUUGGCACUCCGGUACCGCUUGCCGUGCGGUAGCAGAGAGAACAGUCUAUGACUAGGGUGGCUGGUAUAGAGGUCCUGGAUGGCAGGAAGCUUGGCCCAAGUGAUGUACUGGGACAUACGCACUACCCUCUGUAGUGCCUUGCGGUCGGAGGCCGAGCGGUUGCCAUACCAGGCGGUGAUGCAACCAGUCAGGAUGCUCACGCCAGGGUUGUGGGUUUGAUUCCCACAGGGGGCCAGUAUAAAAAUUUAAAAAAUAAUGUAUGCACUCACUAACUGUAAGUCGCUCUGGAUAAGAGCGUCUGCUAAAUGACUUAAAAAAAUAAAAAGCCAAAUCUUUUCAGUCUCCUGAGGGGGAAUAUUCUUUGUCGUGCCCUCUUCAUGACUGUCUUAGUGUGUUUGAACCAUGAUAGUUUGUUGGUGAUGUGGACACCAAGGAACUUGAUGCUCUCAACCUGUUCCACUACAGCCCCGUCGAUGAGAAUAAAUAAUUUUUUAAAAAGUGUUCAGUAAAAGAAAAAUACAAGCAAAUAACUAAAGAGCAGCAGUAAAAUAAAAUAACAGUAGGGAGGCUAUAUACGGGGGGUACCGGUGCAGAGUCAAUGUGCGGGGGCACCGGCUAGUCGAGGUAAUUGAGGUAAUAUGUACAUGUGGGUAGAGUUAAAGUGACUAUGCAUAAAUAAUAGACAGAGUAGCAGCAGCGUAAAAGAGGGGGGUGGGGGUGGGGGGGCAGUGCAAAUAGUCCGGGUAGCAAUGAUUAGAUGUUCAGGAGUCUUAUGGCUUGGGGGUGGAAGCUGUUGAGAAGCCUUUUGAGAAAUGAGUGCCGAUACAAGGAGUGACAGAUUAUUCAAUGUCCGUCCAUCGCUCUACCUCACGUCUUUUGAGUUUGUGUGUCUUCUUCUGGGUUUCCCAACCUUGUUGAUGUUUUUAGACAUGAAAGAAGGUUAGUCAGUGUUGUGAAUCUCUCAAGAUUAGCUCACACAAUUACAGUUGUUACAGUUGAUACACUGGAGAUCAUCUAUCAGGCUUUCCACACUGAAUCCUAAUCAUCAACUGUCUUAACACUGACUGGUUGCUUUAAACAAUCUGAUACAAAAACAGAGAACGCACAAAAACACAACCCGGGGUGCUCGGAGUAGGCCUUGAAAUUCCUAAUGAUGAAGAUGGGUUUUUGUGUUGCGGAGUGAGGCUGCUGAUUGGAAAUGAAUUAGCCUGUGUGUCAGAGGGGAAGGGAUCUGGGCAGGAAUGGGCAGUGUGAACCUCCCUCGUUCUCCUCAAUAAAAAUAAAUAAAAAGGGAGAGAGGAGGCCAAAUGAGAUUACAGGCAAUAGAAAAGGGCUGGGGGGCUCAGCUCAACCCCUACUGUGCAUGAAGACCAGUGCGCCUCACACAGCCCGGCUCCCACGGACGCUCCAUUCACACGCCCUUUUGACUCUGUCAUGAAAACAGGCUGAAAGGGAAUCUCCCAACCUACCCCGGAACGGCACGUUGGGGUGAAGUGGAAGGAAGGCAGAGGGUGCUGGCGAGGGAGGGGGGGCAGCCUGAGUCGGGAGUGACGGGCAAGGGGUUGGCGAGGAGGGAAGGGGCCCCAGACCAGGGUGGCUAUACCAGUCCACCAUCACCUUAACCACUAUGGUGUUUAUGGUGGUGGUGGUGGCUGCCUGCUGCAGGGGGAAAAUGGAGGGUUGAGGGGGUUCAUAGUGGUGGAGGUGGUGGUGGUACUGGAGGAUGAGGUUUCAGGGUGUUGGCGGAGGGAGGGUAUUGGAGGGGGGGGAGUUUAGGGAAUGCCAGCUCUGGGCAGAGCGGAGUUGUGGGGGCGCGAGUCGCUGGGCCCUUUGUGUGGGUAAUACAGUGUGACACAAGGGAAACAAAGGCGGAUUGAUGGGCCCAGCAGGUAGCAGGAGCAGCGCUAGCCUUGGCUGACAGCCAGAGCUCCAGGGGCCCACAGCUCACAGGCCCCUGUUGUGGAGAGCCCAGCAGGGCUUGCCAGGGUAGCUGGGACUCCCGCUCGCCUCCCAACCAGAGGUGUUAUCCAAUCAUCAAACAUUCACAGGUUUUAGCACAAAAAUGUUGCUUUAUAGCUGUUUACUUAGAAUGAAGCACACUGGGGGAUUUUUUUUUUUGAAUCAUGGUUUUGUGACUAUAUAUUUACAAGAUGUAUUAACUGAUUAGAUAUUGUGUGCGACACGUUUUCAUGUAGAUAAGAGGUGAUGUUUAGUGGUAAUCUAGUGACUUUAAUACGUUUCCACUUCCCAGGAUUUCCCAUCAGAGCAGCCAUAUGACCUCUCACCCUAUUAUGAACUAUGACCCUAUUCAGCCAUUCACAUGAAGGUUUCAUUCAAACAAAGGAUGUGUAGCUUAAAAUGCAAAGACCUAAAAACGGGUAACCUCAUAAAAAGGCUGUGAGCGCUAAUUAACUUUAUGAAUGCAUGAAAUGUCCCUUAGCAACCCAAACAACAACUUUUUCAAUUAUAUUUCUCUCUGUUUAAUGCAAAUUAGCACUACAAAGACUUGUAGAUCGACUUACACUGUAGAGUAACUAACUUCCCUGCAGGUAUGUAGUAGAGAACACUACUAACUACAGUCAGUUUUAGAGGGGCUAGGCCUCCCUAGAUUUAACAGUGAAUCUAUUGCGGAGUGGGCCCUCCCCUUACCCUCCUGGUGUCCCUGCCUGUGUGUGUGCAGUGUGAGGUUGUGCAGCAGAGAAACGGAUGAGCCCACAGUAAGUGUGCUGUGAUUGUGAAACAAUGGUGUCUGGUUACAUAAUAAGCUGUUGCGUUCAAAGGAGGCGUAACAUGCAGCGGAGCAGAGCAGAUGCACUGCUCAGUUUCUACCCAGAGGCCCUGUGCGCUCCGACAGAGGGAGGAGGAGGAGAGGGGGGACAACAUUCCCGAAACACUAUCCAGAUGCAAAACAGCACACCUCAGGGAUGACAGAAGGUCACUGAGAUUUCACCGAGCAUUAGGCCCUACUGACACCAGCCACAAUAGGUUGAUGUCACAGCCAGGGGACAUGUCUACCGUAGCCAUCUCUACGACGUGUUCCAAAAUCUUACAUUGAGUUGAUGAGUCAAGAGAAUUUCACCCAGUGUUUACUACACUGAUCAGAGCCUAAUGUUUUAACUCCUCUUACGGACAUUUCUCAGAUUUUUUUUUAUUCUUGCAGUAUCCUUUUCAUUACCCCUGCUGUAUGGAAGCUGGCAGCAGUGAAGAUUGCAGAAACUCUUGUGUUAAGAAGAUGGUACUAAAGAUUGAUUGAUUGAUUUAAUUUACUCUUUAUUUUUCUCUCUAGCAACCAGAGAGUCGGCGUUCGUCCACGCCAUCGCCUCAGCGGGGGUGGCGUUUGCUGUGACUCGGUCCUGCGCUGAGGGCACGUCCACCAUGUGUGGCUGUGACUCCCACCACAAGGGUCCCCCGGGGGAGGGCUGGAAGUGGGGCGGCUGCAGCGAGGACGCUGAGUUCGGAGUGCUGGUGUCCAGAGAGUUUGCUGAUGCCAGAGAGAACCGUCCUGACGCACGCUCUGCUAUGAACCGACACAACAACGAAGCAGGACGCACGGUAAAUAGGCCACUGAGCAUUUACUGCCCAACUAGAAUGGAUAUCUUGGCAGUGCAUGCUAUACAGUUAACUAUACAACUGUUGGUAACACAAAGCCAUGCAUGUAAUGUAAAUACACAAAUGGAACACAGUUUACUACACAGCCAAGCAGGAUGCAGUGUAUAAACUUAAGUACAUUCAGUACACAUAUAUCACUACAUAAUGAUACAGGACACACCCUGAACACACCCAGCCCUGUAGCUAAAAAAAGUUCAAAAGCACAGUAGUAAAAAGACAAUGAACAAAGAUCUGCUUGUUUGGCAAUAGGAUGGAAUUAUCCACUGUAAACAUUACAGUACCAGAUUACUAAUUCUAUGACAGGAAGGAUUUCAGAAUUUGACUUAAGUUCAGUCCACAUUUCUGCGAGUUUCUGCCUGAAAAGUAGCACUUCAUCUUGAAUGAUUGGGUAAUUAUCUGAUGUAAAAAAAAAAAUGCCCCUGCCUUUCAUGCCUCGCAUCCCAAACGAAAUUCCCUGACAGACGAAUAACCCAAGUUAGUUGAGGGGGAAGAGAAGGGAAUCAGCUCUGACUUAAACCAUAACUCGCUGCUGUCAUUGCUCAGUGCAAUAUCUGGUGAGCUACUCCUCACCAACAUACUGAGGGGCAAUUGGAGAGACCACACGGCAACAAGGCAGCCCUUUGAUCUGACUAGACAGGAGCUGGGAGACCACAGGAGCUGCAAAAUGGCAGGCAGCCCAGUCAGGACCCCUUUCUCUCUUUCACCCUGAUCCCAGUCGCCCCACCUGGCCCUCUCAAGCUCCAUUGUUUACCUUGGGCCCCUGGGAGAUGCCAGGGGCCUGACAAGCCCAGGACAUGAUGUCAGAACUAAGAACCUUUCCACCCCUCACCGCCCCCACUCCCCUCUCACCCGAAGGUGCCACAAACACCUGCCUUCUGCCGCAGCUGGGGGAAUUCUGUAUCUAAAUAUAGCUGGGGAAUUAAAGCAAAACCAAUCUAAACAAAGGUGAAGAGAGCUGGUCGCGUUGCUCACGUAAAUGCAGUGACUUCAGAAGGAGUGAGCUGCUGCACACUGCAAAGGCCUGCCUCUGUUUCACAGCUGCCUGAACCACACCUGUAGACGCAGCCAAGUAGCAUGUUGUUUUCAACCUACAGGUCGGUACUCACUAGUCAGGUUAUUGGUAAGAAUAGUUGUUCAAAUGGGCUGUCUGGUAGUACACUAAACAAUGAGGGCGAGAGACAAAACAAAAACAUGCCCCUAGACUAAACAAACUGACACCCAGAUUAAACAAAUGUUAUAAUGACACGCUACCAAUUGAAAUCACAUUUACUGUACACUGUGCUGAAUUAUUCUAUCUGUUUCCUUUUCCCUCUUCCUCUUUUUCUCUCAGACCAUCCUGGACCACAUGCACCUGCGCUGUAAAUGCCAUGGCCUGUCGGGCAGCUGCGAGGUGAAAACAUGCUGGUGGGCGCAGCCCGACUUCCGCAUGCUGGGCGACUACCUGAAGGACAAGUACGACAGCGCCUCGGAGAUGGUGGUGGAGAAGCACCGCGAGUCGCGCGGCUGGGUGGAGACGCUGCGCGCCAAGUACGCCUUCUUCAAGCACCCCACAGAGCGUGACCUGGUCUACUACGAGGGCUCGCCCAACUUCUGCGAGCCCAACCCGGAGACGGGCUCAUUCGGCACGCGCGACCGCGCCUGCAACGUGUCCUCGCACGGCAUCGAGGGCUGCGACCUGCUCUGCUGCGGCAGGGGCCACAACACCCGGACUGAGAAGCGCAAGGAGAAGUGCCACUGUAUCUUCCACUGGUGCUGCUACGUCAGCUGCCAGGAGUGCGUGCGCGUCUACGAUGUGCACACGUGCAAGUGA